CAUUUAUUAGACUUUUUAGAAUUCCACCUUCAGUAAGCUAGAGAGAUAUGAAACCAACAUAAAUGAUAAUUACAUCAGAAAUAUGAUAUAAUCUGUAAUAAUAUGAGUAAAGAAUAUGAGUAUAAAAAAAGAACAGGAGAAAAUAAAAAGUCCAAAUGAAAUAGUUCAUAUUAAAAUAGAUUUAAAUCAAAUGAAGAAUGUGUAUUACUUAGAAAAAUAAGGAAUGACAGUAUAAAUAUUAGUGGAUUCUAAUGAUCAAAAGUAAAGGUUGGCAUCACCUAACCUGAGCCAGCUUCUAUGUAGGAACCAGUUUUGUAGUCUUGACUUCAUUCUUUUUUUAUUGGAACUGAGUGCUGUUUAUGUCCAGAUAAUAUUGGAGAGUUUGGAUCUAAGCUGAGGGCAAAGCAUGUUUGUCAUUGUCAAAAUACAUUACAUUGUUUUAGAGCAAUCAUCAGGGACACCACAGCAGCCAAGUGGUGAUACACCACCACUAUAGAGAGUGUGCUGUUGGGUCUAAGGUGAGGGUGAUGGAAGUCAGACCUCAUUACUGCUGUUGAGGGGUACAACUAAUAUGCUAUUGGUCAAGCAAGACACAAUGAAGCCAGUGGACUAAGAAGUUCACAGACACUAGGCAUACAUUUUCUAUAGGCGAUUAGAGUAUGAGCACAUGUGAACCCCAUAGCAAUGUCACUUGACAAUAGUAAUCUGUUGAUUACCUCUAAAGGUAAAUUUUUGGGAGGGGUGUAAUGGGUGUAACCAGGCAGUUAUAACCUUUUUUCAACUUACACACUAGACUGACCUUCUGACUAAUUGGUAUUCACCCAACCUUGUAUUUUUAAUCUGGCCUUUUACUGUUUAAGAUCAAAUUCUUGACCAUUUUGGCUGUCAUAUUCUCCAACUAGUCAGUGGUGUUCAAUUCUUUAGUGUGCUGAAGCUUUCAAGUAUUAUCAAACAAUUAUGGAAAAAAAGAAGUUUGGCAAAUAACAAUAGGCAUCCAGGACUUUCUGUUUGGCAAGGAGCUAGAUUUCCCUACUGAUCCAAAGACACCUGGAUCUAGCCUGACAUUCCACCCAGUAAAAUCCAUAGUAAAAGAGGCAUUGCCAACUGAUGCAUUGGACAUUUGGAACCUAACUGAUUCUAAAGUCUGGGGCCAAGCAGACCCAAGAGUUCUAGGCCUCAUUGGACAGAGUGGUGGAGCCAACCAAUGAUCAGCCAAGCACCACCUCUUUACCAGUGGUACCAAGUUCAUCAGUGGCUCAGACAUGGCAGCCAGCUGCCAAAACAUUGGUAGCAAGAAAGAGAAUUGGUGGGCACUUCAGCAUCAAGAACCCCUCCUUAAGUGUUCCAUUAUAAGAUGUCUAUAAAUAAUGAGCCAAAAGUAGUGGGCAUGCACCCACCUCAGCAAGUAACGCUACAUCUCUAAGCCAGAGGAGACCUCUGAGAGUUGAGAUUGUCCCAAAGGGCAACUGAAUGCUGGGAGGCAGGGAAAGAUGUUGUCCACGACUCAACCAGCACCACCAUUAACAUUUGCAGUGGCAGCUAUCACACCCUUGGAACCAGCUGACUGUGAAGACCUCAUUUCCCACAUUACCACCACCACCAAUAACAAAGACAAGGACUUUCCAGGUAAACAAAGGGGUUUCACUCUUAUGGCUUGCCUUGCCAGGAAUGUCACAGGGAUCACUGGACUACUGGUAAUGUUAAAUGUGAGGCCAAUGACCAAGAGGUCCUGAGAAUUGCCUCAGUUGCAGCUGAUGGUUGACAUGCCAAUGAACCCACCCACCUCCAUCACCAUAGUCCUGACAGUGAUGUAAGUUCAAUUGUUAAUGUAACCAUGUCAGAAAAUGGCCACUAAAAAGCCUGUACCAUGUAUAACUGGGAAGAAGAUCUACUGCAAUAACACCACCAGCUGCUGACAGAGCUGAUUCAAGCCAGGCAAACCUUAGUGUGAGCUAGAGCAAUCAUCAGGAAUGACACAACAGCCAAGUGGUGAUCCACUGCCACUACAGAGGGUGUACUGUUGGGUCUAAAGUGAAGGUGAUGGAAGUCAGAUCUCAUUGCUGCUGUUGAGAUCAUAGAGUUACAAGGGAUUUUGGAGGUUAAAGAAAGUGAUCUACUAAGUAAGGACAGAGCAAUGGCUAAAAAAGAAAUGGAAUUAAAAGACCUUCAGAGAAGUUAUGAAACAUGUCAACAUCAAAUAUUUCAGCUUAGUACCCAGAUAAUUCAAAAGGAUGGUGACCUUGCAGACAUGAAGAAAGAGAAUUCCCAACUUCAAAUUCAUAUCAACACUCUUCUCGAAGAAGUAGAAAGUAUAAAAAACUCCCAGCUUGAACUACAAAAUGAACUUAAGACUAUGUAUAAACUAUUAGAAGAAGAAAGGAAUGAAUAUUCAGUUAAAAAAGAACAUCUACAAAAAGAGGUGUACCAACUGAACGAACAAUUAGAUAUGGUCCAUCAAGCCCAUAUGAAUCAAUUGACUCUGUUAAAGCAAGAAAAGGAAACUUCAAGCUCUGAUCAGUUUCACAUCCAAGAAGCUCUAAGACAGGAAGUAUUAAAGUUAAGAGAGGAACUUAUCACUCAAAGCAGACAGUCUCCAGGACUAGAGAAGUUGACUGCUCAGUUAAUGGAAAUUGUAUCGUCCUUCAGGCAGCAUCUAGAAGAAAGUAAAACAGUAACACCUGACCUAAGUGCUCUAUUAACAAAACAAGUUGCUCAAAAUGAAAGAGAGAGACUUGAGAUCAUUUAUCAACAGCAGUUCAGAAGUCCAGAAAACAUAUGGCAAAAUAAAAUGGAUGAAGAGUGCCAAAAUAUCAGCAAAGAAUUUAUGCAGAAAAUGAAGGAACUGGAAUUUGACCUCAAACAAAAGUUUGAGAAAGAAAAAAGUGAUAUAGAACAGAAUUAUAAGAUUGAAAUUUCUGAAAUUGAAAAAGAUUUGAAACACCAAUUUGAAACAGAAAAAGAUAAAGAUAGAAAAAAAAUAGAAAAUACAUAUCAGCACCAAAUUGAAAUACUGCGACAGUCACAUGCUGAUGAGAAACAGGCUUUAAAAAUAUUACAUUAUGAUGAACUUCAGGCUUCACAAAAACAACAAAUUACAGAUCUAGAAAGUCUGAGGAAGCAUUUAAAUGACUACCACCAGGAAAAUAUUUCUUCUUUAACAAAAACUUUAGAAACUAACUUUCAUUAUGAAAAAGAUAUUUUACAAAAGAAUCAUGAAGAAAAUAUCAGGGGUGUGCAGGAAGACUUUGAAAAGAAGCUCAGGUUUGAGUGUCAUAUAAUGAAUAUUAGUCAUCAAGAUGAAUUAAAUCAGUUAAAGGAAAGCUUAACCAGUAAGUUCCAGAAUGAUGUGUCUGAUUUACAGAAGGCUCAUCAUGAACAGUUCCAGAGAUUGACAGAAGGUAUGAGGAAACACUGGGAAGCAGAAAAAUAUGACCUUCAGAAACUUCAUGCUGAAGAAAUUGAAGCAAUCAAAGAAAAUCUCAAUAGGCAGUUUGAACACGAGAAGCAAAUAAUGAAAAAAGUACAUAUUGAAGAAACAAGUAAACUGAAAAAGAACAAUGAAAAAACUUUUGAAAACAUAAUAAAUAUUCUAAAGUUCUGUGAAGAAAAGUCAGAACAUGCUGCUUCAGAAUCUGUUGAAUAUGAAAAGCAGUCAUUGAAUGAUAUACAUAAUUUUGAAUUAUUAAAGUUUCAAGAAGAAUGUAAAAGCAUCAUAAGUGACAAAAAGCAAAAGCUCAAACAAAACUGUGAUGAGCAGUUGAAACAAGAAAGAGAAAAGCUUCAUGAUCAAUUUUUAGAAGAGCAUAAGAGUUUGGAGGAAUCAUUCAAAGCCAAAAGUAAAGAAAUAGAAGAUACAGUAAAUUUUGAAGUGAAAUCAGUUAGAGAACAAUUAAGUAUAAAACACCAAAAUAGUCUUCAUAAUUUGGAAGAACACUUGAAGACUAAAUGGUGUGUAGAAAAAUCCAGAUUAGAAAAAAUGCAUCAGGAUGAAAUUAACCAUCUUGAGAAAUGUUUUCAGCAGCAGGUAGAAAAAAUUCAGCAUACCAUGCAGGAAAAUCACCAAGAGGAGUUGGAAAAUUUAGAAAAGAUAUACAAGCAAGAAGUGGACAGUUUGCAAGAGCUUCUUAGAAAGUACAAAGAAAAAUUACAAACUCCAUACAAGGAAAGCAACACUGGUAGUAGUGAGAGCCUAUGUAAUUCUGAGGAAGAAGCUCCUGUUUCAGACUUCACUUCUAGUUCUAUAGAUAACAAAGACAGCCUCAUUCCUCCUCAGCUACAGAAACUACUUGACAAGGUGUACAGCGAGGGAACACAGGAUGUGGCAAAUGACAGAGGAAAAGAAAUUAUUUUACAGGCUCUUUUCAAUGUGUUUGGAGAACAGCGAAAGAAACUGACACAAGAAAUGGAAAAGCAUUUCUGUUAUAAAGAUCACAUUUAUGAUGAAGUGAAGAAAAAAAUAAUUGAAUUGGAAAAACAUCAAAAUGUAAAUUUAAAAGAGCUUUUUGAUGAAUUGAUGAAAGAAGUGGAACAAACUAAACUUUCAUUGAAUAAGGAAAAAAACCAACAUAAGCAAGCUGUUCAUCACCUUGAACAAUUGAACAAAAAUCUGAAAGAUGAAAAUUCACAUUUAGAGCAGAAGUUCAGAACAGAAAAAGAGCUCUUGGAGUUUCAGGCAAAGCAGGAGAAGGCUGUAGGUAAUGACUUGCGCUCCUCCUUGGAAGCAGAAAAAUUAAAAAACACUGAAAUGAUUACUCAGCUCUCUGAACAGCGUAAUGAAUGUUUUGAGCUUCAAAUGUCUUUGUCAUCAAUGGAAGCAGACCUUUCUCAUUUGAAAGAGGUUUCAAUCCAAAAUCAAAAGCGAAUGGAGGACUACCUAGAAGCUUAUCAAAAUGAAAAAACUUACUCACAAGCUUUAUUAAAAGCUCUUGAAACUGAACGUGUAAAUGUUACCCAGUUACAGAUGGCUGUGGAAUCAAAGAAAGAGAAUAAGAACUCUAAAGAAUCAUUGAUAUCCAGUGGAAGUGAAAUAGUUUCUCUGUUAUCAACAUCCCCUGAUAUUGAAAAAUUCAGAAGUCCAGAUAGAAAUGGAUCUCUUGAUCCAGACUUCAAUAGCACUCUUCAACUUCAAGUCACCUCUUUGAAUGAAACGAAACCAACAGAAACAUUUACAUUACAGGUAUGUGUAAGGUGCAGUUCACUUGAAAUGGAAAGGGCCAGUUGGGUCAUAAAGCAAUCCAACCUCCAGAAAUCCCUUCAUCAAUCUGAGAAUGAAGUCAUCAGACUCAAAAGGCUACUUCAGGCUACAGAAGAUGAGAAUAAUGGAAUUGCUUUAGUUGAUAAAGAAAGCAAGUUUUACAAGGCGUAUUACAAAUACCGUCAUGCUGAGAGUUACAGGCGGUCAUUGGUUUACCAGAAGAAGUAUUUGUUAAAACUAAUGGGUGGAUAUCAAACCACAGAAGCUACUACUAUAGCCAUGCUUGCCAAAAUCAAUGAGGAACCUAUCGGUGACCACCACAUUAUUUUGUCUCCCCUGUCAUUAUUUCGGUCUUUGACAUAUGUUAUUAUAGCACUUCAUCGUAUGCUGUAUCUGGUGAACCGGUGGAAAAAAGCUGUAUAUGUCUGUCCAUUUAACUUUAUUCAACCAGCAACAGAGUAUGUGCAACAGAAAGGACCACCAUAUUCUGCCACUCAACAAAAUGAGGUAGUCAUUCCCAAAAACCAUCAUCUUCAGAAAAAACAGAAACAGGAGAACCUGCCCAGAAAGAUAAAGGCAAGCCAGGAGAUUAUCUUACACAAUCUUACAAGUUGAAAAAAUCUUGAACUUGACACAAAUAUCAAUUGAAAGUAUGAAUAUGGGACAUCAAUUGUGUUUAGAGCUGUUGAACUUCAAAUUCAUCUGAAAUUCAGAGAAUUAUUGUAGUACAUUGAUUUAUGUUAUUUACAAAUUGUUUAUAGAAUAUACUUCUGGCAUAUAGAACCUUUUCUGUGUGGUUAUAAUUCACAUAUUAUGUGUUCAUUGAAAAUAUGCAAUAAUAUUGUAUUCUUGUAUGCUCUGUGAAUGCUUUGACAAAUUACUUGUGAUCUGCUUUUUUAUGUAACAUAUACAUAUGUACAAUAUUUACUUCAAUUGCACCUUAAAAUUACAUGCCUCAGUUUUCUAUGUAUUACAUGUGUCAUUACUUCUAUAAGUAUGUUAAGCAAAUAAAUUUUAUAUUUUUGAAAAACUU